CGCCUCCCCACGUGUCCGCGCCACAACUAACAGCAGCCAUCUUGAGUGGGGGUGGAUGCCGCCCAAUCGCACUGCACGAGGCCGCCUGCGACAGCGUCGGCGCGCGAAGACGUCGCGGGUCCCGUCGUCGUCGUCCCCCGUGCAGUACCACGCGGUCUCCCCACGUAAGAUGGCCGCGAGCGGCCUCGCGUGGUAGACGCGGAGGGAGGGAGGGAGGGGCCCUGAGGGGCCCUCCCCCUGCUCCCACUCCUCCCGCUGCUGCUGCCGCCUUCGCCGCCGCCGCCGCCGCUCCGCUCACCCCCCCGGGUCGCGGUCACAGCCCGCGGGCCUCUUUGCCUUGGGGGGAGCUGCGCGCGGUGAGGUCCGCGCCCAUGGCGGUGGCGAGCGAGGAGACCGCGGGCUCGGUGUGAGCGCGGCCCGGGGAUCCGCGUGACGGGAACAGCACCAUCAGCAGCAGCAGCAGCACCAUCAUCAGCACCAUCAUCAGCAACAGCUCGACAUAGUCGCGUUCAACCCUUGACCGCCAUAACUUUAAACUCUUAUCACCACCAGCUUCACCUGACCCUCGUCGCAAGCACUCAUCGUCAUCCAGCUCCACCUCCCGCGCGACAGCCGAGUGCGCCGCCUGUCCACCCGCACGCCGCUCCACCCACAGCCCUCGCCCGCCGUGUCCGCUCCGUCCACCCCCUCGUCCUCCCCGUCCUCUCCGCCCGCGCCCUCGGCAUGGACGUGCUGGAGGAGCUGCAGGGCGAGCGGGUGCUGAUCCUGUCGCGUCUGGACGCCGCGGAGCUCUCCCUGGCCGCGGUGGACGCGGCUGCGCGCGUCUCCACGCAGCAGCUGGUGCUGACGCACAACGCGCUGGCGCGCCUGCCGCCCGCGCUCUCCUCCUUCACGGCGCUCUCGCUCCUCGACGUCAGCUCCAACGCGCUCGUCGCGCUGCCCGAGGAGCUGACGGCGCUCGCCUCCCUGCGCACGCUGCUGGCCAAGAACAACCGGCUGGACGCCUCGUCGCUGCCCAAGGACUUCGGCCGCCUCCACAGCCUCGAGUCGCUGAACCUGUCGGGCAACCGCUUCUGCGAGCUGCCCCCGCAGCUGCUGUCGCUCGGCCGCCUGCGGUCGCUCUCGCUGGGCGGCAACCGCCUGCGCUCCAUCCCGCCCGAGAUCUCGCGCCUCUCGGCCCUCGAGGUCCUGUACCUGGGGGGCAACGCCAUCUCGUCGGUGCCCCCCGAACUGGCGCUGCUGCCCCGCCUCGCCUGCCUGGGCCUCUGCGACAACCGCGUGCAGAGCAUCCCGCCCGAGUUCGCGCAGAUGCACGCGCUGCGCUCGCUCAGCCUGCACAACAACCUGCUCAUGUACCUGCCGCGGGAGAUCCUGCACCUGGUGGGGCUGGCCGAGCUCAGCCUGCGCGGCAACCCGCUCGUCGUGCGCUUCGUGCGCGACCAGGCGUUCCGCCCGCCCGCCCUGCUCGAGCUGGCGGCCCGCGCCGUGCGGGCGCACUCGGUGCCCUACACGAGCGCCGAGCUGCCCGAGCACGUGGCGCGCUACCUGGACUCGGCCAGCAAGUGCCCCAACCCGCGCUGCGCCGGCGUCUACUUCGACGCGCGCGUCCGGCACAUCAAGUUCGUGGACUUCUGCGGCAAGUACCGUCUGCCGCUCAUGCACUACCUGUGCUCGCCGCAGUGCUCCUCGCCGCCCGGCGGCUCCACCUCGCCCAGCGACGCAGAGUCCGAGGACGACUCGGCGGGCCGCGUGGAACCCAGGCACGUGCAGAAGGUGCUGCUGGGAUAGCGGCACCACCACCACCACUUCCGCGCCGCGGGCUCGGAGACGGGGACGGACGCGGACUCUGGACCGCGGUGCAUCGAGGAACACUGCGUACGGGAGAUAUGCGCCUAACAAUCGGCGCACUGCGACACUGCGUGCGUCCGAGUACACGGGGAACACUUGCACCGCUGCGAUGGAUGGAUGUGUGAUGUGCAGCUGGACACUUCUCACUAAACACACAAGCACACACGUUACGCAGGGCAUUACACACGGGACACAGACACAGGACCGACAACACUCGCACACACGUCUCCACGUGCCAAAAGGAGGUGCUCGAGCGGCUUGGCUGAGCUGCCCCUUCCAACCCCGGCAGGGUCUCCCACUCUGGGUCCUGGGCUGAGUUGGGACCUCCAGGUCGUCCCAGCAGGACCAGGGACACCCACGAAGUAGCCCCCUACCGGGGGCUGUGACCCCGUGUACGUUCUGGACUGUAACCAAGCACUUUCCUGUUGCCUUAUGUGGUUAUUAACAUUUCACUUAACCUUAUGAGCCAGGCGAGAGCACUUUUGAGAUUCGUGACUUUUGAAGGGACGCCUGGAUGACCCCAAGUUUUACAUUGGGAUAGCUACUAAGGUUGCUUAAGUUGCAGAUUAUUUGUCAUGCUUUUCUUUUGGCCGCGACGCCGGCGCUCACGGGCGUAUUAACUUUAUUAAAACGUCACGGCGAAGGCAGGGCUUUGAUGCCAACCUCGCAGCGGACGUUGUCACACUUUGUCGAUUUCCCACAAAAAUCCCGGGCAGCUGUAACAGGCAGAAGUUGAACCGGGGCUGGGUGGCCACGGCGUGGUGAGAUGGGUGGAAUUGCGGUUGUGUAACCGGGGUGACCGUAAGGUGCCACCACCGACCCCUGUUCCCACCGCACGGAGAGACGCGUCAAUGAGUAACCACGGCGCCAUCCCGGCUUACCCGAGCCGCCUAGUCUCGUCUGUGCACGAGUGAUUUUUACGCUGACACUAAACUUACAAAAAAAAAAGAAAUAAACAAAAAAUAUUUCUUACGCAA